AUGUUGAACGCAAGACACCCACCCGGCUCGGUCUCUGUGCUGCCAGAGUCCCUGCUCCUCAGGGAACCAAGAAACGCGUUCAUGGCGGGCGCUGGUUUGGAGACCUCGCUGGAGUCUGCCUUGAGCGUCACGGCCCCGCGCUGCUCCUCCUCCGAGGAGGGACUGGAUUUGUCUUCCUCCACCUCCCCCCGCAGCAGCACUGGGUCCGGGCAUGGCACCCCCUUGCAGUCCAACCUGAUCGGCGACGUUGUUGCCCCCGAAACCGUGCAGUGGGUGCAGCCUAGUGGCCCCCGCCAGCAAGGACAGGGCACCGAGGAGCUGGAGCAGGGCAUCGUGUCCGCGGAGCCCUCCCCCACGGGCGGCAUGCAUCUGCGCAUCACCCUCCUUGCUGCCGGCUUUGUCAUUGGCCCCUCCGGCGCCUCCAUCCGCGACGUCUGCCGCGCCACGGGCGCGGAGGUCCGGUCCUGGACGUCCCCCGGCGACGCCCGAUGCCGCCGCCCCACGCGCACCUUCCGCGUGGAGGGGCCCCCGGCCUCGGUGCGCGCCGCCUGCGCGGUGGCCUCCGAGGCGGUGGAGCGCUACAAGGACUUGUGCGAGGGGCGGUUCGCAGGGCAGAGCGUGCCCCGCAUCCACCGCAUCCGCGGCGUGGACUUUGCCUACCAGCCCCCGCCCCGCGGCCAGCGGGCGGGACACGGCUCCGGCGUUGCGCCCGCCCCGGACACCGCCGCGCUGCUGGAGGCGCUGGGGCAGCGGACCUCCGCCUCGCUGGGGUGCGGCCUGGGGCCGGGCGGGCUGCGCGCGGUGGGGCUGGACCUGCAGCUGCCCCACCAGCAGCACCAGACGCUUGUCCUGGCGCAGCAGCUGCUGGCCCUCCAGGCCCUGGCCGCCGCCGACCCUGGCUUCCCAACCCAGAGCGCCGCCGCGUCCCUGCUCCGUGAGUGGAGUUGGGAGGGGGUGAUCGGGGCGGGGGGCCCCCUGGUGUGA